AUGAUGUGGACUUCUCAUGAUACCGCUGGAUUUAUUUUCUUGGCUGGGUUUUGUGUGCAUUUUGGAUUCUCCUUUGAAGGUCGCUUCACUGAUCUACCCUCUAACAUGACGGUUAAAGAGGGACAAAACAUAGAGAUGGCGUGCGCGUUCCAGAGCGGAACCACGUCAGUUUAUUUGGAGAUCCAGUGGUGGUUCGUGAAAGCGCCGGAACCCACUGAGGCUGUCGAGGAUGUGGAAACUGAAGAGAUGGAGAUAACACCAGAGCCUCAUCCUGAUGACGAGGGGACAAAAAUAAGUACAGUCAAAGUGCAGGGCAACGAUAUCUCCCACAAGCUACAGAUCUCCAGAGUCAGCAAGAGUGAUGAGGGCUUGUACGAGUGCCGCGUUACACAAGCCAACUAUGGAGAGAUUGUGGAUUACAAAGCCCAAGCUUGGCUGAGGGUCAACGCCUCUGCCAGAGCAAGACGUCCAUUGCAACCUCCCAAGAAAAGCUCCCCACUGCACCUGACAGACAAGAAACCAAGAAAGUCCACCUCAUCUUUGGGCCAAGACAGCAUGAGUUCAGACCAGAGAGUGGACUCCUCGUCUACCUCUCACACAUCGUCCAAUACGGAUAAACACAACCCCAGCUCAGGUACAAGAAUAUCAGCCUGCUACCAACUGGUUAUCAUCCUUCUGGCUUAUGGUUUGGUGAGGGAGGCCUUGUUAUAA